AUGCUACUGAGCGGAGCUCCUCCCGCGGGCUCCAGCCCCGCACCGCGCGCGCAGGGGGGCGCCGGGGGAGGCCCGGGGGGGUCCCGACGCGGCGCGGGAGGGGCAGGCGCCGGCCCGGGAGGGGGCAGCAGCGGCGGGGUGGCGAAGUGGCUCCGGGAGCACCUGGGCUUCCGCGGGGCGGGAGGCGGCGGCAGCAAGCCUGCGCCCCCGGAGCCCGACUACCGGCCCCCCGCGCCCUGCCCAGCCGCGCCCCCCGCGCCGCCCCCCGACAUCCUGGCCGCCUACCGGCUGCAGCGGGAGCGCGACUUCGAGGACCCCUACUCCGGGGGCCCGUCCGGCUCCGCCACGCCCGCCGCCCCCGGCCCCGCUCCGCCCCCGCGCCACGGCUCCCCCCCGCACCGUCUGAUCCGGGUCGAGACCCCGGGGCCCCCGGCGCCCCCUCCAGAGGAGCGGAUCCCCGGAGCCCCGGCCGGCGGCGACCGGCUGGCCAUCCUGGAAGACUACGCAGACCCGUUUGAUGUCCAGGAGACUGGAGAAGCCACAGCAGGAGCCUCAGGGGCCCCGGAGAAGGUCCCCGAAAAUGACGGCUACAUGGAGCCCUACGAGGCCCAGAAGAUGAUGGCUGAGAUCCGGGGCUCCAAGGAGCCGGCUGCCCAGCCCCUGCCCCUGUACGACACCCCCUACGAGCCAGAUGAGGAGCCCCCCAGCCCCGAGGGUGAGGGUGCCCCCUGGCCCCGGGAGUCCCGCCUGCCGGAGGACGACGAGAGGCCCCCGGAGGAGUACGACCAGCCGUGGGAGUGGAAGAAGGAGAGGAUCUCCAAAGCCUUUGCUGUUGACAUAAAGGUCAUCAAAGACCUCCCUUGGCCUCCACCCGUGGGACAGCUGGACAGCAGCCCCUCCCUGCCCGACGGGGACAGGGACAUCUCUGGUCCAGCCUCACCCCUCCCUGAGCCCAGCCUGGAGGACGGCAUCGCCCGGUUUGAGGGAUCGGAGAAGAGCUGCCUGUCGCCUGGCCGGGAGGACAAAGGGCGACUGCCUCCACGCCUCCCUGGGGCACCCUCCAAGCCUGCCAAGCCCCUGGGCACAGAGCCCGGCAGCCCCCUGGGGGAGUGGACGGACCCUGAGCUGCCGCUGGAGGACCAGGUCUGGUACCACGGGGCCAUCAGCCGCACCGACGCCGAGAACCUGCUGCGGCUGUGCAAGGAAGCCAGCUACCUGGUGCGCAACAGCGAGACCAGCAAGAAUGACUUCUCUCUGUCCCUCAAGAGCACCCAGGGCUUCAUGCACAUGAAGCUGUCCCGGACCAAGGAACACAAGUACGUGCUGGGCCAGAACAGCCCACCCUUCAGCAGCGUGCCAGAAAUCGUUCACCACUACGCCAGCCACAAGCUGCCCAUCAAGGGGGCCGAGCACAUGUCCCUGCUGUACCCCGUGGCCAUCCGGACUCUGUAGACGGGGCCCCGGCACCGGGACACACCUGGGUCGGCCCUGGCACCUGGCUGAGGGCCUGGAGGGUCACACGGGACUCGAUCCUGCAGCCUCACAUCCCCCGCCCUGGGGGUGUAGACCUGGAGAUUCCUUAAUUUAUUGUAAAGGGGAAGGCGCCUGGAGCCCUGGGCAGGGGUUCGUCUGGAGCCGCUGGUCCCCGGGCCGGGCCAGGCAGCUGCAGCCCGGGCUACCUGGGGCGGGGGGGCUUCCUCCCGCCCUUGUCUCCCUGAGCCCCCGGGUCCGCGGAGAGGCGUUCGCGCCUUGGGAAAGCGCGCGCUCCCGGGCGCCCGGCCCCGGGCCAGCGGCAAUAAAUAAACCGAUCCUGC